AUGCUAGCGCGUGCAGCAGCCCGUCGCGCCAAAGCAUCCCAUGCAGAGCAAGAUACUGAAAGAGGACAAGAGAUAAUGGAGAUCGACGAGCUUGAGUCGCCGCAUAUAUCCGGCCAGCCUGUGCAACGGCGUUGUCAGCUCAGAAUUGAAGAAGAGAUCGAUGGAAACCAGCACAGGCGCCAAGUAGUUGUACAAGAAGAAAUGAACCCACUUCAAGUUGCGUUGGAGAAGGCUGAGACGGCAUCUCACGAGCGUCAUAAACAACUGACAAUAGACCAACGAAUUGGAGAGAUGCAACAACAAACAGACACGCAACUUCGUGACUUCGGCAAUCGCUUUAAAAGUACCCAGGCCGAGUUACCUCAACGCGUUGAGACUUUGGUAAAGUUGAGCUUGGAACGGCGCAACGACUCACUUCUAGACCAGCUUCAACAAAAGCUUUUGGAAGCGCAAGCCCAGCACCUCCGUGAUAUAGAAUCUAAGAACCAGAACUCUCUCGCUGCUAUAAGUGCAAAACUGGACAAGGCAGCGUUCAUUUCGUUCGACUACAUUAUCCGCGACUCGUCUUUUGUUGUCCGUGCGCAGUCUAUCAAGUCGUUGUCAGCAAUUCUACUCAAGUUCCCACGCGAUGAAGAAGCGCACAACCUGCCGACGUCACAACGCCAGUGUGCUCGCGUCGAGAUGCUGGAGCUAGUCAUCGCCCCAAUGAACAACGAGAACGACUUCGUCGGUGCCUCGCCGGACGGUCAUCUCGGUCUCUGUCCCGAGAACAACAGCAUCAAGAUCAUCGAAGUCGAGCGUCGGACGAGCGUUUUGGGCACCAAGAUUGAGGCUGGGCAGCCGGCUAUCUCGCAGGGAGUGAAUACUGAGGUCGUUGCCAGCAGCUUAAAGGGUGUGACGGAGGGGGUGGAGAUCUUCUAA